AUGGCUCCGGGUUACGUGACAAAUUCAUCUUAUAAGGAGCAUUUUUGCAAUCGGCUUAAAGUUGGUGUCAAUGGAAUCGACCCGCGGUUCAAGUUAGGUGGUACUAAACGAAAAUCGGAUGGUUUAUUCCUUGGUCAUAUGGGUUCUACUGAUUUUAUGAAAACUGAUGAAGAAAAUGAUGGUCAAAGUGUUGGGGGAGAUCUUUCUAUCUCAUCCUUCUACCCACGACGUUAUUUUCAAGUUUUUGAUAAUCCAAUGAAAAGAUCAAAAAGCAUGCCAGAAUCGAGUUUCAGAAAUAAUGGUUUGUUGAAUGGUGGAAAUGUGGCUAUACGUCGAAGUAAUAGCACAAAUAGCUUUAAAAAACUUCAGUUUCGUGACCAUAUAUGGACGUAUACACAAAGGUACUUAGAAGCUGAGGCCAUUGAGGAUGCGAUUUCAGAUUAUGGGACAAUUGAAGAUGAGGGAAAUAGGGACGGAAUGCAUCUCGUGCAAUUACUUGUUUCGUCUGCUGAGGCUGUUGCUUGUCGUGACAAAACACACGCUACAAAUUUGUUAGCCAAGCUUCAAGGAGAUGCACUUGUUUUUGGGUCGGCUUUCCAAAGGGUUGCCUCAUGUUUCAUGCAGGGGCUUACAGACCGACUUGCAUUGGUGCAACCACUUGGUGCAGUUGGUCUGAUAGCCCCUGCAAAAAACAUGAAUGCGAUUGCAUUACAUAAAAAGGAAGAGGCGUUAAGUCUUGUUUAUGAAACUUGCCCUCACAUCAAGUUUGGUCAUUUUAUUGCCAACUUAACGAUAUUGGAAGCCUUUGAGGGAGAGAGUUAUGUUCAUGUUGUAGACAUAGGGAUGACGUUAGGUCUACAACAUGGACACCAAUGGCGUGGGUUAAUCCAAAGUCUAUCUAGCCAGGCUCAGGUCCCACGCCGCCUUAGGAUCACUGUAGUUGGUCCGUGUGUUAGUGAGUUUGUUAUUAUUGGUCACGAACUCGAAGUCUAUGCCCUAGAAAUGGGCAUAAACCUCGAGUUUUCUAUAGUGGAAAGUAGUUUGGAGACCCUUAAUCCAGAGGACAUCAAGACCUACAAAAACGAGGUUCUGGCAAUCAACUGUAUUCUACAACUUCAUUGUGUUGUAAAAGAAAGUAGGGGUGCAUUGAACUCGGUUCUACAAAAAAUCCAUGAACUCAGCCCAAAAGUCUUGACUCUAGUGGAACAGGAUUCGAACCAUAACGGGCCUUUCUUUCUUGGGAGGUUUAUGGAAGCAUUGCAUUACUACUCAGCCAUUUUCGAUGCACUUGAUGUCAUGCUACCUAAAUAUGACACUAGACGGGCCAAAAUAGAACAAUUUCACUUUGCAGAAGAAAUCAAGAAUAUCGUGAGCUGUGAAGGCCCAAAUCGGGUUGAAAGGCACGAGAGGGUGGAUCAAUGGAGAAGGAGAAUGAGCCGGGCUGGUUUCCUAGGUGCACCGAUCAAAACAAUCAAUCAAGCAAAACAAUGGCUUGCAAAGCUGGAUAUUUGUGAAGGGUAUACUAUUGCCGAAGAAAAAGGUUGUUUGGUUCUUGGCUGGAAAUCUAAGCCCAUCGUCGCAGCAUCUUGCUGGAAAUGUUAACCUAUCGACACUAUAUUCCCUGAUCUGGUUUC